CGUAACAGAUAAAACCUGACUCUCUUAGACCCAAAAUAAAUUUCUUGAACACACUUCAAGCUUAUAGUAAAAGUGCUUUUCACUGGUCCAUCGUACUUUUAUUGCCUUCACAACACGUAAUUGCACUUACAUCAUCUAUACUAGCGAGAUUUUGGUAGAUUUCAUUUUUAAAUUGGUCUUACGACAUUCGCUUACGCUGACUGGCAUUUCUGUACCGGCCGUUGUGCGAAUCGACCGCGUCAAAUCGUUCUUUUCGCUCGUUAUUUAUUUUUUCAUGACUAUGGUUUUUUAAUUGUUUAAUCAUAAUUCUUAUUUAAUUUUGCUGUGAGUGUAAUUUGAGUAUUCCGUGUCUUGUUUCUGUAACCCGAUUUUGCAAAGAUGGCCCAAGUUAACGAGAAGGAUAUCAACGCGAUAAAGGACUGGCUGGCUAAAGAACCUUACCUACCAAAACAUAUGGAUGACAUCGCUUUAAGAAAAUUCCUGUUCAGUUGUAAUAACAGUUUGGAAAGGACCAAGAGAUGUAUCGAAGAGUUCUGCACCACUCGCGCAUACAUGACGGAGGUAUUUUGCGACAGGGAUCCCUUAUCCCCAAAACUCCAAAAAGCUUUUGCUAAUACGUGUGUCACCACCUACUUAGCCGGCGUCGACGAAAUCCUUAUCCACAAGUUAACGAGCACGGAAAACUUCGAGUUCUACGAUCUCAUAAAGUCGUUCAUGUUACAAGCCGACCAAUGGAUCAGACUUGAAAGGGAUACGCUACCGGAAAACCACAUCAUCGUAUUAGAUAUAAAGGAGUAUACGCUUGCUAUCAUCUCGAAAUCCAAUAUAUUCUACUUCCAAAAGUUCCUGAUAUUCUUGUUGCAAGGCAUGCCGGUGCGUUUGAAGCAAGUGCACGUCGUGAACUGUCCAUCCUACAUUGACUACUUGUAUGGACUUGUGAAAGGGGCUCUACCACAGGAUAUACGAGAUCUGAUCAAGUUCCACACUGACCACAACGGCCUGCACCAGCAUAUCGACAAGAAGUACCUGCCUUCGGACUACGGCGGUGAGGCGGAAGAGAUGAUCAAACAAAGUCUGAAGUGGAUCGAAGACAUUAAAGCUUUAAGAAAAACUUACCUUGACGACACCAUAUGGAAGGCGGAUCUCAGCAAGAAAGCAAAGAAUGGAACAGUGGAUACUGCGAUGAGCGGUUCCUUCAGAGCAUUGGCUAUUGAUUAAGCUAAAUAUAUUUGGUGAAAUAAGAUUUGCACAAAAUAUAUUUAAGGAAUCGAGUAUUAUACCUAACAUACAAAUAGAAAAAAAAACUAUAUAUUUAAGAUCAUAACGGAAUAAAUAAAGCUAGUUAUAUUUUUAUAGUUAAGAUUUUUAAUAAAGCUAUUAUGUGA